AUGUCACAGCUUCUGCCGGAAACCAAUACUCCGGUUCAAACACCAUCGGCUGAGAAAUUUUAUGAUGAGCAUCUAAGUAAGCUUGAUGAAAAUACUGAAACCAGUCUAGAUAACAAAUCCAAUAGUCUAAAGCAAGAUGAUGGUGAACACAACACAGCUGAGGAGAAGAUAGACACUUCGCUAUUCGAGUCACAGCAACAGCAACAGCAACAACCAUCUCAUGAACCACUUUCACCACCCAAUCCAUCUCCAACACCAGAAAGGAGAGGAUUAGAAGAGAAAGUGGAAGGAGACGUAGCCAAUGGGGAGGAAGGUGUUACUGAAGAACCGGAAACAAAGGAGACUGAGCCAAAAGUAGAGAAUGAAGAAGAUGACGAAACGCAAGAGCAAACAGAUAUCGUCACUAUUGCAGCAAAUGGAUCAACUGAAGCUGUUGAAACCUUCAUCAAAAACGACAAACAACUUGAAAAUGAGGAAAAGAAUCGGGAUCAACCAGAAGAAUCAUCAUCCACUGAAGAAGCAACAGCUACUCAAACACAGCAAACACAACUUCCUGUAUUCACAGAACCAGCUCCAAAACCACCAGCAGAACCAGAUAUGAAUAACUUACCUGAACAUCCAAUGCCUCCUCAUCAAGCCAAAUUUGCAUUACACACAAUUAAGGCCAUCAAACGUCUCAAAGAUGCUGUUCCCUUCUUAGCUCCGGUUGACACUGUCAAAUUGAAUGUGCCUUUUUAUUACAAUUAUAUUCCUCGUCCCAUGGAUUUAUCCACUAUUGAGAGGAAAAUCAAUGCUAAUGCAUACGAAGAUAUUGCUCAAGUGGUUGAUGAUUUUAAUUUAAUGGUUGAAAAUUGCAAGAAGUUCAACGGAGAAGCUGCUGGUAUAUCGAAAAUGGCAACCAACAUACAAGCUCAUUUUGAAAAACAUAUGCUUAAUGUGCCACCAAAGGAAUUACCAGCUGUGGUUUCUGCUUCCAUACUGAAAUCAGGUUCUGGUAAUGAUGCGGCCUCUAUAACCAGCAGGAGGAAAGUUGCAACUGAAUCAAAUUCACAACAGCAUAGAGAUUCAGUGGCCACUGCUAGACCCAAGAGAACUAUUCAUCCACCAAAAUCAAAAGAAUUACCAUAUGAUGUAAGACCAAGGAAGAAGAAGUUUGCUGCCGAAUUGAGAUUUUGUAAUCAAACCAUUAAGGAAUUGAUGUCAAAGAAACACUACAACUACAAUUUCCCCUUUUUAGCUCCUGUCGAUGCUGUUGCUCUUAAUCUUCCCAAUUACCAUGAUAUUGUCAAAGAACCAAUGGAUCUUGGAACGAUUCAAUCUAAAUUGACCAACAACUUGUACGAAAAUGCCGACGACUUCGAAAAGGAUGUGAGGUUGGUAUUUCGCAAUUGUUAUGCUUUUAACCCAGAAGGCACUGAUGUCAAUAUGAUGGGACACAGGUUGGAAGCCAUUUUCGAUAAGAAGUGGGUCAAUAAACCAGUACCUGAACCAACACCCCAACACUCUGAAGCAAGUGAUGAUGAUUUUACCAGCGAUGAAGAAGAGGAAAUCACAGAGGCCGUACUCUCCGAAGUACCAGCAAUACAAUUUUUGGAGAAUCAAUUGAUUAGAAUGAAGGAGGAAUUGGAGAAAAUGAAGGCUGAUCAUUUGAAAAAGUUGCGAGAACAACAAGCUGCAAGGCGCAAGAGAAAGAAGGCUCAGUCGGGCAAGCGUGGAUCCAAAUCAAAGAGAUCGAGAGAACGUUCGCAUACUCCAUCGGGUCAUCAGCAUCAAAUAAAACUCACUCCACCACAGCCAGUUGUCACUUAUGAAAUGAAGAAACAAGUUUCCGAAGCAGUGCCUACUUUAUCGGAUAAGAAAUUGAAUGCACUAAUCAAGAUUAUUCAAGAUGACGUUCAAAUCACUAAUGAAGAUGAGGUUGAAUUAGAUAUGGAUCAAUUGGGAGAUUCAACCGUGCUCAAGCUCUAUGACUUUUUAUUCGGUGAAAAAGCAUCACAAAAGUCACUCAAAAGAAGGAAAUUGGCUAGUGGCAGCGCUGGUGCUGGUGGCAUCAGUGGUGCGGGUGGCAGCAGCAGCGGAGCAAAUCUUGAUGAAAUGGCUCAUUUGAGACAACAAUUGGCCUUGUUUGAUCAAGGAAAUGGGCAAACGGCCGAACAACAAUUUGCCAAUAAUGGUUUUAUGAAUAUAGCACAUGAAGAAAGUUCGGAUGAGGAUGCUGCUUCGUCCGAAAGUUCAGAAGAGGAGUAG